CGGGCCCCGGUUCCCCGCCGCCCCUCCCUCGGCGCUGGGCUCCUGGCGGCAUCCGGGGCGGGGCCGUUCCCUCCAGAGCCCCUGUCCCUGAGCCGACACGCCCACCCGAGAGGCGACUGGGGCUGGGCCUCCUGCCUGGCUGUCGGCGCGGUCUCCCCCACGCUUGGCUCCCGGGCUGGCGGUGCCCUCGGCGGCGGGCGCGGCGCUGGGGUGGGGGAGCACGGGGCGCGGCCUUAGGCUUAGUAGGGUUCGACUAGGGCUUGCUGGCCUCUGACCUGACUUUCCGCCUCUUCCCAGUCCCGCGCCUUUGAUGGAGGAAGUGGGGGGACCCCGGAUGGGCACUUAGGGAAAAAGGGCGAGGCUGGAGGAAGGACAGUCUCCGUCCUGGCUUUUGAACCCGCAGGGAUGGACCGAUUUCACACCUGAUGGCCUGACAGGUGGAUGAACUCCUGUCCUUUCGGUAACCGAGGCAGCUUCUCCCCCUCCCCCCGCCCCGUCUCAUUUUAUGGCAUUUCACGGAAUCACUUUCAAAUCACCUGUCUCUCCCAGACCUGAUAAUGGCAUUAUUGCUUUGGCUGGGAGAUGCUGGAUUGGUCCGUGGCGCUGAAGUUCUCAACAAGAACAUGGACCCCUUCGUUAUUUUAAAAUAACAAAGCUAGCUGAGGACCCACAGCAAGUGACAUUUUUCAAGUCUUUGAUACUUCCGCAGUGCUUGGGAAGACAGACAGGGACACUAUCCAGAAAAAAAUAUCUAGGCAAUUACGACUAUGGAGAAAUGUUGGCCUGGAUUAGAUAUCUUCUGCAUAAGGGCAGAGGUGAAAGGAGAAACAGUGCGCCAUGUCUUUGCAGGACCCCACUCUCGGCAGAGAGGGGAACACAGAGGAAGAGAUUAUGGCUGCUGUGGUUUUUUCUGUUGGACCUCUGAAGUGACCAAGCUUAAUAGAUGACAUGGAGAGAAAGAAGAUGUUUAAGACACAGAGCUUGGCUGUAGGGUGCUUACAGUCUCAUUGAGAAUCCUGAAGUUUCCAAGCCAGAUGAAGACCUUCACCUUCAGGCUGAAGAACCAGAAUUGGAAAAGGAUUCUGUGACAUUUAAAGAUGUGGCUAUAGACUUCUCGUUAGAAGAGUGGAGGUUGAUGGACCUUUCCCAGAGGAACCUGCACAAGGACGUGAUGCUAGAGAAUUACAGGAAUCUUGUCUCCCUGGGGCUUGCGGUUUCCAAACCAGACAUGAUAUCUGACCUGGAGGAUGGCAAAGGACCGUGGGUGGUAGUGAGGGAAAUUGCAAGAACCCCCUAUCCAGAGCUGGAGACCAAACCUGCAGCCAAGAAUGUUGUAUCAACAGAAAAUACUUCUGAAGAUGUAUCACAAGAGACCAUAAUAGAUAAACUCACAGAGAACAGUCUGUGGAACCCCAGAAUGGGAGGAUUAUGGAAAUGGAAUGAAAGGAUAUUGAGAUUGCAAAAUAGUCAGGAAAAUCAUUUGAGUCAAAGAAUAGUUACUCACAAGAAAAUUUCCACUGGUCAAAGAGGAUUUAGAUUUGGAUCUAUUCUUUUUCCAGAAGCAGGAGUUAUCACAGAAGGGCCCCACGGCAAGUGCCAAACACGUGAAAAUUUCACUGAGAAUUUAGAUUUGAUUACAGAUACCCAUCUAGGAAAGAAAAUCUGCAAGGAUACAGAAGGCAGCAAAGCUGUAAGGCCUACUUCAGAACUUACUUUAGGAAAAAAAUACAAUAAUAAAGAAAAACCCUAUAAAUGUAGUACCUGUGAAAAGUCCUUUCGUUACAGGUCAUUACUCAUUCAACAUCAGAGAACGCACACUAAAGAAAAACCUUAUGAAUGUAACGAAUGUGGGAAAAUGUUCAGCCAGCCUUCAUAUCUCAGUCAACAUAAAAAAAUUCAUACUGGAGAAAAACCCUAUAAGUGUAACGAAUGUGGAAAGGCCUUCAUUGCUUCUUCAUCACUUAUGGUGCAUCAGAGAAUUCAUACUAAGGAGAAACCUUAUCAGUGCAAUGUCUGUGGAAAAUCUUUUAGCCAGUGUGCUCGCCUUAAUCAACACCAGAGAAUUCAAACCGGAGAGAAGCCCUAUAAAUGUAGUGAAUGUGGGAAAGCUUUCAGUGAUAAAUCAAAACUCGCAAGACAUCAGGAGACUCACAAUGGAGAGAAACCCUACAAAUGCAAUGAUUGUGGGAAAGCCUUUAGGAAUAAGUCCUAUCUUAGUGUACAUCAGAAGACCCAUACUGAAGAGAAACCAUAUAAAUGCAAUGAAUGUGGGAAAUCUUUCAAGAAUACCACAAUUUUUAAUGUUCAUCAGAGAAUUCAUACUGGAGAGAAACCCUUUAGAUGUAAUGAAUGUGGGAAAGCCUAUAGAAGUAAUUCAAGCCUUAUUGUACAUAUAAGAACUCAUACUGGGGAAAAACCAUAUGAAUGUAAUGAAUGUGGGAAAGCAUUCAAUCGUAUAGCAAAUUUCACAGAACAUCAAAGAAUUCAUACAGGAGAAAAACCCUAUAAAUGCAACGAAUGUGGAAAAGCAUUCAUUAAUUAUUCAUGCCUUACCGUACACCACAGAAUGCAUACAGGAGAGAAACCUUAUAAAUGUAAUGAAUGUGGAAAGGCCUUCAUGCGUUCUUCAUCCCUAAUUAUACAUCAGCGGAUUCAUACUGAAGAAAAACCUUAUCUAUGUAAUGAAUGUGGGGAGUCUUUCAGAAUAAAAUCACACUUAACUGUGCAUCAGAGGAUUCAUACUGGAGAGAAACCGUAUAAAUGUACUGACUGUGAGAGGGCAUUUACCAAAAUGGUAAAUCUCAAGGAGCAUCAGAAAAUCCAUACUGGAGUGAAACCUUAUAAAUGCUAUGAUUGUGAGAAAUCUUUCAGGACUAAGUCCUACCUUAUCGUACAUCAAAGGACCCAUACUGGGGAAAAACCAUAUAAAUGUAAUGAAUGUGAAAAGGCUUUCACUAACACAUCGCAACUUACCGUACAUCAAAGAAGGCAUACUGGAGAAAAACCCUAUAAAUGUAAUGAGUGUGGGAAGGUUUUCACAAGUAACUCAGGCUUUAAUACCCAUCAGAGAACACAUACUGGAGAGAAACCAUUUAAAUGUAAUGACUGUGGGAAAGCAUUUAGCCAGAUGGUACACGUCACAGAACAUCAGAAAAUCCAUAGUGGAGAGAAACCCUAUAAAUGCGAUGUCUGUGGAAAAGCCUUCAGGAGGGGUUCCUACCUUACAGUGCAUUGGAGAACACAUACUGGAGAAAAACCCUAUACGUGUAAGGAAUGUGGAAAAGGUUGUAUCACUCUAUCACAGCUAACUCUUCAUCAGAGAAUUCAUACUGGGGAAAGGCCCUACAAAUGUGAAGAAUGUGGAAAAGCCUUCAGAACCAACUCAGAUUUUACUGUACAUUUGAGGAUGCAUACUGGAGAAAAACCCUAUAAGUGUCACGAAUGUGGAAAAGCCUUCAGGAGUAGCUCAAGCCUUACUGUACAUCAAAGAACCCAUCAGAGAGAAACUCAGUUUAUAUAAAAAGUAAGAAACCAUUCAUCCAGAUGCCAGCUCUACAAGGAGAAUCUUAUAAACUGUGUCUUUUAUGAAUGUGGGAAAACUUUCAGGAGCAAUUCACCAGAAAACACACACUUAAGGGAUACUUUAUAAACAUAAAAAUGUGGAAAACUCAUAUUAAAUCUUAGAAGUUACAAGCAAAUUCACAGUAGAGAAAAAUAAUGGACAAAUGAAAGCAUUCACCCAGAUUUCAUACUUUGUUCACUUAAAUUAUCUUCAAUGAAUUGCCUAUAAUUUUUUACCUAUUUUUCUAUUGGUUUGUCUUUCUUACAAAUCUGGAGGUGCUCUUUAUAUACUUGAAAUAUUAAUCCUUUGUCAUGUGUGUUUGAAAAUUUUUUAAUCUAGCAUUUGUUUUUAUGCUUUUUUAUAUGGUAAAAGAAGUCGCCACAUUUUAAUUUUUCAUAGAUAUUUAUUUUCCUUUUUAGAUUAAUUUACUCUUUUAGUUAAAAGAGUCUCCUUAAUCCCUAGGUUAUACAUAGUGUUCUAAAUUUGUUUCUAAGAUUUUGUUAAUUUUAUAUUUUAUAUUAAAGUCUUUAAUCUGUCUGAACUAGAUGACUAGUCAUAGAAGAGCAAAUUGCCAUUAAUCUCUGAAAAUAUUAUGAACCUAAGGUAGUACUCAGGGAAAUGCAAAUUAAAACAACCAAUGAGAUGUCACCUCCACUAAAUGGAGUUGGCAAAAAUUAAGAGAUCUUUUGGUAGUGGGAUUUGGGAAACCAUGUACUCUUAACACAAACGGUUAUAUCAACUUCUAUUUCCACCAGCAAUUAAGCAAUAUGUAUUCAAAUAUUUUAAUAACAUUUUAAAAUAAAAAUACUUUGACCUAGCAGUCUCACUUUGGGGAUCUUCCCCACAGAAAUAACAGCAUCAGUGCAUAAGAAUACACAUAAGUCAGGAUUUUUGUUGAAGUAUUGUUUGUAGAGGCAAAGUAGAAAACCAAGUGGGGACUAAGUGAAUGCCCAUUAAUUGGGGAAUGGUUGAAUAAAGUGUGAUAUAGCCAUUCUAUGGAACAGCAUGAGAGUAAUUUUUAAUGUUAGUUAUAUCUACACUAGUUGAUCUCAAGGUAUUUCCACAAUUUUUAAUAACUAAUUGCUUUAUUGCAGAGCUUUAUGUGUACAGGGUUUCAUUUUUUGUUAAAUGAUCAUUCCCAUUUAUGUAUAUAUGUGUAUGUGAUGAGCAUGGAAACAAGUAUAUAUACUUGGCUGAAUAUAUACGAGGCUGUUAUUAUUGGUUACCUUGAAGGAAGGGAGAAGAGAAGUAGGAGAAAGGACUGGAAAAACAAUUUUUUUAAUGUAAGUGCAGCAUGUAUGGUAUAAAACUAUGUAAAACUGUAUUUGUAUGAACUUCUGAGAACUAUGAAUGAAGGAUGGUCUCCAAAAAGUUAGAUUGUUUUAGAGUUGGGGGAGUUUGCAGUACUUUUUGUCCGAUUACUGCACUUCUAUGUAUUUUAUAAGCUUUCCUUCCCAACAAGCAUGUGAUAUUUAACAUAAACAGGAAACACCUAUUUUACUUGUGAAGGUAAUUUACUGGACACCUGUUAUGUACCAAGAAUUACCCUAAUAUAUUGGCAGGGUAGGGACAGUCAGGAAUCUAAGAGCAUGGGAAUUUGUUCCGAUGCUGCAUAGAUUCCAAACAAGUUACCCAGCACCUCAUUACACCCACCCUCUCGGUUUCAUUUAGAAGAGGUAGUAAUUUCAGACAAAUGAGAAACGUACCCAAGAAUAUCUGGGACUUGUGUUCAGGCUAUAAACCAGAAAACUGCAAGCCUCAAGAGAAGCUCCACCUUCAACAUGGCACCAAAGAAAAGACCACAGUGAUGAAAAGUUCCAUGUACAGCCUCAUAGAACAUUACAUGAUGGAAUAGAGAGAGGGGAAACAGCCAGACACCCGAGUCCAUAAAAAAGGAAGUCUUGGGAGUUCUGGAAAUACUAAGAGUCCUGGAACAAAGAUGAGAACCAAAAGGCUAUGGCCCUGAUAUCAGAAGGCCAUAACAAACAAUGGACCUGAUACCCAAAAAGGACAAGACAUGAUGAGCUAUACUUCAGUGGAGGCUGAAGAAAAAAGAAUCCCAGUACUCCUCCCACAAUGUUGGAAUAUGUAUAUAUCCAAUAUUGGGGAGGAGAUAUUGGACAAAUGAUAGGAGCUACCUCCCAUUACAAGUAAAUAAUUUGACACUGGUUAAAAUGACCAUUUCUGAUUGAAUUUUAAUAAUGGAAUUUAUGAAUUGUUACCAAGAGACAUACCUCCUUUGGAUGUAAUGUAUGGGUUUCUGAUUGGAAAGUUUAGAGGUACACCCUGACAUACUAUCCUUAAGAAACCUUGCUGUUAAACAGUUGACAUGA